UCAUGGUCCCCCUCCUCCUUCCCCUUUUCCAUUCGUCCGCGCACGCGGCUCCCUCGCUCUUUUUUCCUGUAACCCCACUCUCCUCCCCUUCCAUCUCCGUGUCUCCAAUCCUCCCUUAUUCCUCCUCCUCAGCAACAACGACCAUAACCGCAUCCCUCCAUCCCCGUGGAAUCCGUAAUACUAAUUCCAUCGGGAUAACAUCUCCCUCUCAAGCCUCCCACCCGCUCCCAAUUAUCCCAUUUCCUAUUCUUCGAGUGAUCCUCUUCCUCGCAUGAAGAGAUUUCGGGGGUGAAACGGAUCGGGAUGGAGGAAACGGUCUCGGACCAGCCCAACGAUCAGGCCGCCUCGUCGGCCGCUUGGACGCCGGAGGCAACGCCGGAGCACCCCAUUGAGGAUACCGCGGCGGCGCCGGCGAUGGCGAAGAGCCCGUACCUGAGCGCGUCGUUCUCUGGAACGACCCACUGCUCGUCUCCGCUCGCCCGGCUCCGCGAGGCGAGGCACGUACGGAGCAAUAGUUUGCAGCGGUGGCGGCGGCAGAUUCAGCGGGCGUGGAGGUGGGGGCCAAGCGGCGGCAACAACAUCAAUAGUGGUACUAGGGAGUACGGUUUCAAGACGACAUUGAAUUUGGAGGUGAUGGCAAAUCAGAAGCGGGAGUGGUAUCAGAUCCAAUCCAAAUCACGGGAUCUUAGACAAUAUAAGGAGCCAUCCUCACUAUUUGAGCACUUCUUCAUUGUGGGCCUUCAUUCGUAUGCAAAUGUUGAAGCCAUUGAAGAUGCUUUUGCAAAAAGAAAAAAAUGGGAGUCAGAGGUGGCAAACUCUGAAAUUCUUGAUCUUAGAAAGCUUCAAUAUCAUGGGUGUAUGCCUACUCUGGAACCUCAGAUCCUUUUUAAGUACCCUCCUGGGAAGAGAGUGGCGAUGAGGGAGAAUGAUUUGCCUGCCUUUUGUUUUCCUGAAGGUGUAAAGGAGGAUAUUGCACUGCCAUCUCUUCAUGCUUUCCUGAGAACUAACAGUAAAGAUGUAAAGAUGAACAAGGCUCGCUUGAUAGAGAGAACACCAUCCAUGAGUGAUCUAAAUGAAAUUGUGUUUGGACAGGAGCACCUGUCUCAAGAUGAUUUAUCUUUCAUCUUCUGUUUGAAGGUGUCAGACAAUGCAACUUUAUAUGGUGUUUGUCUACAUGUCCAGGAGAUAGUUCAGAGAGCGCCGGGUAUUGUAGGUGCUGUUUCACCCCUCAACCAUUCUUGCAAGUCUAGCCGUUUCUUGGUUUCUGCACCACGUUGUUAUUGCAUACUUACAAGAGUUCCCUUUUUUGAGCUACAUUAUGAGAUGCUGAACAGCAUAAUUGCCCAGGAGCGCCUUGAGAGGAUAACACAAUUUGUUAGUGAAAUGGCUCUCUCAGAUCCCAUUGCACAUGGGAUUGCAGAGCAUGAUCAACUGGAGGAGAAUUUUUGUUCGCCUGACAGGCAGUCCCGUAAUGAUUGGAUGGGAUGUGCUAUACCAGUUGACAGUGUAUCAGGUCUUCUUUCUUCAGCAGGUCUUCCAUCAGACAGGGAGGUUUCACCAUUUUUAUUCAGGACUUUCGAACCACAGUCUCCUGAAAGUGUUUCUGCCAGUGAUGCUUCAGACUUCAGUCAUGUAAGAGAGCUGGAUAAGGAAAUGAGGAGGUCUUGGCACCAGUAUGAUGAUAACACAUCUGAGACCUCAGGAUCCCGCUCUGAUAGUUUUGAAAGAGUGAAUGGAAACUUUGAAAUUGGCCAAACUUCACCAGAGGUUGGUACAGUAUGUUGUUCUGUCAGCAACAGAUUAGAGCGUGCUGAAAGUGUGGAGUCUAUAUACAGCUCAGCUAGAGGCGCUGGAUCAGAUGAUGAAGAUGAUGAAUUCAACUUUAAGCAUGAAAUGAAUAUUGGUGAUGAAAAAGUAAUGGAAUGGGCAAAGGCACACAACAAUGAACCACUAAUGAUAGUUUGUGGUUAUCAUGCUCUUCCCCUGCCACCAAGGGGAGGUGAAAUAGUUUUUCACCCUCUAGAGCAUUUACAGCCAAUCAACUAUUACCGACCUGGGAUAAAGUCUCUAAACUUAGAUAAUACUUUUUCUGACUUCGACCCAUCUUGCCUCGGGGAAGCUAAUCAGUUUUCCGAGAAGGUCAAUGCACGAUUAGCAGCUGCUGAAGAAGCUCUUGCACUAUCAAUAUGGACCAUUGCUACAGUUUGCCGUGCUCUAUCUCUAGAAAGUGUUUUGGCACUCUUUGCUGGAGCAUUAUUGGAAAAACAAGUGGCAGUAAUAUGCCCAAAUUUGGGUGUGCUAUCAGCUAUUGUCUUGUCGGUUAUUCCUAUGAUUCGACCAUUUGAGUGGCAGAGUUUGUUGCUUCCAGUUCUGCCAAGAAAAAUGCUGGAUUUCCUUGAUGCUCCAGUUCCAUUUAUUGUUGGUAUACAACACAAACCAGCUGAUAGCAAAAUUAAAACAACCAACAUUAUACAAGUUAAUGUCUCCAAGGACCAGGUGAAGACAUGUUCCUUGCCUCAACUUCCUCGAUAUAAGGAACUUGUCUCUGAUCUAAGUCCUAUUCAUGCUCGGCUCUCAUGUGAAAAUUCCAUAGCUAAAAGACAUCCUGUUUACAGAUGUAGUGAAGUUCAGGCUGAAGCUGCCGGUCACUUCUUAAGUGUCAUGAAAGCCUACCUAGAAUCCCUCUGUUCUAAUUUGCGGUCUCAUACCAUCACUAAUGUGCAAUCAAAUAAUGAUAAGGUAUCACUUCUCCUUAAAGACAGUUUUGUUGAUUCAUUCCCCAUCAAAGAUCGACCAUUCAUUAAGCUUUUUGUAGACACGCAACUGUUCUCAGCUCUAUCAGAUUCUCGGCUCUCCACAUAUGAGCAUGAGUAGUCUUAACUUUGGCAAUAUACCAACUAAUGCAUGAUCAAUCAAGAGCUCAUUUGAUAGGGGAUCAAAAGCUGCAGAAAGUGUAAUGCAUGGGCAUACACUACCACCGCUCGGUGCACUGCUACAUGAUGUUCAAAAUUUACCUGCAGCGAGGGUUCCUGCAUAGAAUUUUACUCCCAGAAAGAAAAUCAGCAUGCUUAUAUUGUAAUUUGAUCACAUGGUAAUACUAUGGCUGGCCCUACCAAGUUUGGCUGCUUCAGGGCCUUCUGGCCAUCAGAAAUGUGAUGCAUCCCGAUCUUUUAAAAAUGGGAUGCCAUGGCUUGUUAGAGGUCUGUUUGUUUGCCUAUUGUUGUAUAUCUGUAUCCAAUAAACUUUUUUUGAGCGGGCCUUUGGUCACCGGAUCUUUUUUUUUAUAUCUUUAUGUCAAUAAAUUUUUAGGAUCAUUUGAAUCACAGUCACGGCAACAUGCCGAGCUUAUAGUU